ACGCAUAUAAGCACUUGUCAAAAUUAUAAAAACCAUUUUUCGAUUUCGAUUUUGUAAACAUUUCUAUUUUAGUUUUAUAAAUAAUGAUGAAGACAACCAGCCUGGGAUCCAACAGGCCUCUGUCUGGACAACUGUAUAAAUACACAAAUGUAAUGAAAGGCUGGCAGCAGAGAUGGUUCGCAGUGGAUCCUGAGACUGGUGUUUUGUCAUAUUAUUUGUUUGAUGGACCUGGCGACACGAUCCAGCCCGGACAGCCUGCAAGGGGGGAAGCACACCUAGCAGCUGCAGUGAUAUGUCCAAGUGACGAAGACUCGCGCACAUUCACAAUAAACUGCGCAUCCGGAGACAUGCUGAAGCUAAGAGCGACGGACGCGCGGGCACGGCAGGAGUGGGUCAACGGGUUAAGAGCAAUCGCCGAAAUACACACUAAAGCAAUGGGUGCAAACCCACCAUUACAACCAAGAGAACAGUUGGCAGUACAUGAUGCAAUGGCUUCAGCUAGACAGCAGUUACAAGCCACUGAAUUGAGUGAUGCUGCUCUUGCCAGGAGUAUUGAAGCUUCAGAUUCACCAUUCCCACACACAGAUCCUGAUUUAUUGCUUUUAAAGGCCACCUCAGCAGCUAGUAUGCAGUGUCUCCUUCAAUGCCUCGGCAUACUACACCGCCAGCAACAAUACGCCACCGUUAGUGUGUCCAGCAAACAUUCGGACAGCGACCACCACUAGCUUUUACCAUAUGUACUACAUAUGUAUAUCCACACUUGUGUUUUUCAUUGUGCAGAUUGUGCCGUAAUGCGAACAGAAUUUACAUAUUGUAUAUAAUGUUAUUUGUAAAAUAAUAAAGUAGUACUUGUAGAUAAAACCUAUUGAAUUGGGGCUACAAAUUAAUUUUACAUAUAUUUAUGGACAUAAAUAGUUGAUUAUAUUUUGUCAUUGAAAUAGAUGGUGUAAAGUUAGCAUUACAUGUGACUUAUUUGCUUGACUGGCCUUAUUUUACUUAAAAUUUUGAUAACAUUCAAUCGAAAUGAAAGUACACAGGUGUGGACAUAACUUAUCAAUAGUGUACACUUAAUUUAUAAAUAUUGUACGGCGGCUAAGUAAUGACUGCCCUGAAGCUAGCCAUAAGUGGUGAUUCUUCAUUAUAGGGACCAGCGUUGUGUGCGUGACAAGGAAUUGAGAGUAGAUAUCGUGUCUCUGAGCGGCCGUACUGUACUAAUUGCGGAACGAAUUUUUUGGCAUCAGCGUAAUCAUGGUUAUGUGAAAAAGCAACUGAAUGUAUCAUAAUGACGAACAUAUUACCAUGCAGUAAUAUGUUAUACUGUAUAGAGAAGUAUAUCAAUGUUAACACGGACUCAAUUCGAUGCGGACAUUGCAUUGCGGUUGGCGUAAAUUCCUGUAAGAACCUAGAUAAUAUAAAGUAUGUAAUUUGUAAAAGUGCCGCGUCAGAAUAACAAAGUGCACACUUGUUUACAGUGACGCUCCUUGUAACUUGCCUGCCUUUCUGAUCUCAUAUUGCGUUGGAAAUUCCUGAUUUUUUUAAAUGUUAUAGUCAACCUAUAUACAGUUUGAUUUUUAACCUCUGUCUCUUUACAUGCGGUAUGUUAUGAACAGACAUACAAGCGUAGAUUCUAAAUAGUUGUUCCGUUAUUAUUGUAGAAAUUAUAUUUUAUCAGGUACUUGUAUAAUGUGUAUGAAAAAUUAAUUUGUGUUGUAAUUGUGCUACAAAUAGAUUUUGGUUGUGGUUCUCGAGUUGCUAUUGCUUGCGAAAACGAUAUAUCAUGUUAAUUGAAGAUUCUGGUAUCUAUAAUAUAUGCCAAUAUAAUGGAUAACAAUAAUUAUCAACAACACAUAUUUAAAUCUCGCAAUGGCUCUAAGAUUUAUUAGAACACACAUAGUUACAUAUCUUAUAGUUAAUCCAGUCUUUCCAUAGACUUUUAAGACAAUGUUAGGGCAAAAGCUCCCUUGUUCAAGCUUUAUAGUUUAUUUGUAAAUUAAGGGCCUAUUUCACAAUGUCUGAGUAGUAUAAGACAACCACAUACUAGGGAAGUUCCCACAUAAAUGGAAUACAAAACAGUACAUACAACAUUAUCUGCCUUACACAUUAAGUAGCGGACAAGUUAUUUGAACAUUGUGAAACAAGCCUUAAGUGACAGGAAAACUUAACAACUUUACAUAGAACAGUUUUCUGAUGCAUGUUAGUUCAUAAGCUCAUAAAACGUUUAUUGGACAUUCUUGCUCUCACGGAUUCAAUUAUGCACUUAUACCGUCGCGAUAAAUUUCUCAGAAUUGUAGACCUGUAGCAAACUAGCGGCAGUUAGGCUUUCAAGUGGUUUUUGCUCAGUUUUUAUAAGAAUUACUUUAUUAUUUAUUUCUUAAAUAUAUACAGGAUACCUAUGUAUUUAAAAUUGCGUAUUGUUAGCUCUAUGGUGGACUUUUAUUGUUCCAAAGUGUAUAGUGGUAGAUAUCCAAGUUUUCCUUUUUCGAACGGACUGCUUAUUUGGACGUUAUUUAACUGUAAAUAAAUAAUUUAUAUUAUGCCUUAAA